GCGCGGCGGUGGGCGGGGCGACAGAGUGCAUAAAAGGGUCUCGGCGGGCCGCCUCGCUGUAUUUCAGUUUUUCCGUCUGGGGUUGGGAACGAGCCGCUCCCGCUGGUGCUGCCAAAAUGUUCGAGGCGCGGCUGGUGCAGGGCUCGGUGCUCAAGCGAGUGCUGGAGGCUCUCAAGGACCUCAUCACCGAGGCCUGCUGGGACCUGGGCUCGGGCGGCAUCAGCCUGCAGAGCAUGGACUCCUCGCACGUCUCGCUGGUGCAGCUCACGCUGCGCUCGGAGGGCUUCGACACCUACCGCUGCGACCGCAACAUCGCCAUGGGCGUCAACCUGUCCAGCAUGUCCAAGAUCCUGAAAUGUGCAGGGAACGAGGACAUCAUCACCCUGCGGGCCGAGGACAACGCCGACACCUUGGCCCUGGUGUUCGAGGCACCCAACCAGGAGAAGGUUUCUGACUACGAGAUGAAGCUGAUGGAUCUCGACGUGGAGCAGCUGGGAAUCCCAGAGCAGGAGUACAGCUGCGUGGUGAAGAUGCCCUCGGCGGAGUUCGCGCGCAUCUGCCGGGACCUGAGCCACAUCGGCGACGCCGUGGUCAUCUCCUGCGCCAAGGACGGCGUCAAGUUCUCUGCCAACGGCGAGCUGGGCAACGGCAACAUCAAACUGUCCCAGACCAGCAACGUGGACAAGGAGGAGGAGGCUGUGAGUGGGGGGUGCAGGGCUCAGGGCUCGCCUGCAGAGUCCUGGGGGGAUCCUGGAACUGGGGAAGGGUUUGGGUUGGAAGCUCACCGAGUGCCAGCCCUGCAGUGAGCAGGGACAGGGCCGUGUGCCCCUGGUUCCCCCGAAUCCAGCCCCUCUGGAGCCCCUGAUGCUCCAGGGUUCACCUACAAAGCCAGUUCUCUGCCCUGGGGGGCCAGUUCUCUGCCUGGAAUUGGGGAUGGGUUUGGGGUUGAGAGAUUACCAAGUGCCAGCCCUGUAGGGACAGGGCUGUGUGUCCCUCUGAUUCCCCUGAUCCAGCCUCUCUGGUUCCCCUGAUCCAGCCCCUCUGGAGCCCCCCUGUUGCAGGGCUCACCUGCAGAGCUGGCUCUCUGCCCUGUGGGGGAUCCUGAAUUGUGAAGGGUUUGGGUUGGAAGGUCACUGAGUGCCAGCCCUGCAGUGAGCAGGGACUGGGCUGUGUGUCCCCCUGAUUCCCCCGAAUCCAGCCCCUCUGGAGCCCCUGGAGCCCUGCAGUGUCACCUGGGGGCUCAGCAGUGCUGGGCAGGCAGGAGCAGCCCUGCUGGCCCUGGCCUGUGUGUGCCAGGGCUCUGGACUCCUGCCCUG